AUGUACGCCGAGCAGGCGAACAAGCUGGUGUUGGAUGCCAAACGCAUCCAAAGCCUGCCUCACCUGCCGCCAUACGCCUCAACAACAGUCCGUGCUGUCGCCAAGGAAGUGCGAGAUCUGGACCGUGAAGUGAGCAAUCUGCUCGCACCGUACAGUACGCAGGCGACUCAAGCAAGUGAUGGUACCCAAAUCAAAUCAAGCUUCAAUCCUGCAGAUGAUCCCUCGACAGCCUGUGCGCUUCUGGUGAAUCAUUUGAGCAUGCGAAGGAAUAAGCGCUGUCUGCUUGCCUACCACCGCACCAGGACCGACAAGCUGGAAGAGAUGUGCUGGUCUGGCCUUGAUAUCUCGGACCUACAGGCUUCGUCUACUACACGCGGUCAAGAUGCCGCUACCAGCAGUCUCAGUGCGGAGGAGGAGCAGUACAUGCAUCAGUACAGCGACCUCCUUGCCGCCUACAAAGGGCAAUGGACCGACAUCGACCUUACAGGAAGUCUGGAGCCGCCCCGAGACAUCUUUAUCGACGUGCGCGUGCUCAAGGACGCGGGCGAAAUCCAGACAGAGUACGGCAGUAUUACACUCACAAAGAACAGCCAGUUCUAUGUCAGGCAGGCUGAUGUGGAGCGAUUGAUACAGCAAGGCUACUUGCAGAAAUUGAGCUAA